ACCAUGUUGGCGCUACGACGACUAGAGUUCAAUGCCAUUGAUAUCGUCUAUUAGAGCCAAGAUGGCGCCAGAUUCACUUUUCUGUAUCCACGUCGGUCUCGUGACAGGCACCUGAAAACCUGGACAUCUCAGAGCUGCGGAAGAGGCGGUGUUGCUGGAAAUUGAAUGUUGUUGCGUUCGUGGUGGAAGUGGCAAAAUGAAAAUAGAAAUUAGGUUAUGAGCGUCGACUUUUACGGUUUGCCAUUCUCCGGUUGUGCCUUUGUAGCCGUGACAGCACUGUAGAAACACGGAGAACAAGGGGGAAAGGACGUGUUUUCUGCUGGUCACUGUGGUAACCCAGGCGGCGGUAUCGGAAUGGCUGGAGGCAUCACCGACACCGGGGAGCCGUAUUCCCCUUAUGUAGGUCUGGUGUACAUGUUUAACCUGAUCGUUGGUACUGGGGCCUUGACGAUGCCUAAAGCUUUUGCCACUGCUGGGUGGGUGGUCAGCCUUGCACUCAUCUGCUUCCUGGCGUUCAUGAGUUACAUGACGACGACGUUUGUGAUCGAAGCCAUGGCUGCUGCCAAUGCGCAUUUACGCUGGAAAAGGAGGGAAACUGAGAAGGUGAUCAACGACAGCGAUUCCACAUCCGAUUAUUCAGAUGAUGAGGUGCUAGCCCGUGAUCACGCGGAAACUCAUCCCAUUCUCUCCGUCCGGCGUGGUGUUUCUCCAGAUCACUUUGAGAUUGUGGAGCGAGUUGAGAUGGGUCAGAUGGCCUCCAUAUUCUUUAACAAAGUUGGCCUAAACAUGUUUUACAUCUGCAUCAUUGUGUACCUCUAUGGAGACCUGGCGAUCUACGCUGCUGCGGUGCCCAUCUCUCUGAUGGAAGUGGCCUGUGGGAACCAUUCGUGCAGCGCAGGGAGCAGCGUCAAGUACAACGACACUGAUGCAUGCUGGGGCCCCGUCAAGCGGAAGGACGCCUACAGGGUGUUUCUGACCAUCUUUACUUUGCUCUUGGGUCCUUUUACCUUCUUCAAUGCUCAGAAAACCAAGUAUCUUCAGAUCAUGACAUCUCUCAUGAGGUGGAUAGCAUUCAUCAUGAUGAUCAUCCUAGCUUUGAUCCGCAUUGGAAAGGGUGAGGGAAAGGGUCAUCCACCUAUGGCUGAUAUAACAGGGGUCCCUAACCUUUUCGGGGUGUGUGUCUACUCCUUUAUGUGCCAGCACUCCCUGCCUUCCCUGGUGACGCCCAUCUCGGACAAGAAGCGAAUGAACUGCCUUGUGCUGUCAGACUACGUGCUCAUUCUGGGUUUCUACAGCCUGCUGUCCUUCACGGCCAUCUUCUGCUUCAACAACAGCUUCCUGAAGGACAUGUACACGCUCAACUUCACUGACAACUGCGACGUCAUUGACGUGGCCGUCCUGCGCUACUUCCUGGGGCUCUUCCCGGUCUUCACCAUCAGCACCAACUUCCCAAUCAUUGCCGUCACCCUCCGCAACAACUGGAAGACGCUCUUCCAUCGGGAAGGCGGCACCUACCCCUGGGUGGUGGACAGAGUGAUCUUCCCCCUCAUCACCCUCAUCCCCCCGAUCAUUGUGGCCUUCUGUACACACGACUUGGAAUAUCUGGUUGGCAUCACAGGUGCCUAUGCUGGCACGGGCAUCCAGUACAUCAUUCCUGCUUGUCUAGUCUUCUUCAGUCGGAAGCACCUGGAGCCAGUUUUCGGGCAGGACGUGGUCAACAAGCACCGGUCUCCCUUCCGCCACACAGUCUGGGUCAUCUUUGUCCUGGUGUGGGCCAUCUCUUGCUUGAUCUUUGUUACAGCAAAUAUCAUCCUGACAGAAACCAAGCACUGAACCCCCCUGCUUGGAGGACAGCUCAAACACAUCGUUCUCUUGAGGCCUUAAAGAGCCGUUCACGGCGGUGAUGCACUUUCGUAAACGAGUAGGGAUCUCAACACUGUUGAUGGGGUGGGAGGGGUGAUAUAACACAAAUGGGAAGAACCCGUAUUGUUGCUGGAAUGCAGUGUAAAGAGCUGUCAGAUGGGGAUAGAGUUGUCCGAGGUCGGGAAGCAGCUCCUUUUCAAUACCUGUCAUUCGUAAAAACUUGUUGUGGUUCCCCAUUUGGUUCGAGGUGAUGGGAGACCAAAGCUUCUGUCUCACAUGAACUGGGCUUCCUUAAGGCUUUGCACUACCGUCCAUUUGUAACUUACACAGUAUUCAGGGUUCCAAGGGAUUUGCAAACUACAUGUUUUUUAAUGCAUUUAUUAUGUUUCUUUUCCCUUUUAUAGUGUAUGUUGGUGUUCAGAUGAGCACAAUGCUCGGAUUUCUGUUGAAGGUUGCUGGGUGUUUUGGACUUUGGAGAAACUGAAAGAAAUAUGAAAAACAAAGGAAUGGUGCUAUUAUCUGACCCCUAUAUGUUGUUCAUUUUAAUUGUUCUUCUUAAUUCAUUCUUGUCAUUCAUAUUGGGUUCUUUUUUUAUUAAUCUGACAGGGCAUUCGACAUAAAGACGUGCAAGUAAUGUUGCUCAGAAAUGACUAGUCCUUGAAGUUGAAAUUUAGCAUUCCCUAGGGAUGAUUUCAUUGGUCCUUGUCUUUCUGACUGGGGGAAUCUGGAUGUCUCAAUUCUGGUACCCAUGGGCAGUGGUGGAUUCUGUAGCUCUAUUCUAAAAAAGUAACAGAUGGUGAAAGAACUGCUGUUGUUUUUCUUAUUUCCACUUCAGUCUGUAAAAUAGGUGAAAUACAAACACCAUAAAUCAAUUCCCAGCCUGUUGUUAAAGCUUUGGUAUGUGUUUUCCAAAUAGAACACAUGAUGAUAAAUUCUAAUGUGACAUUAAAGCUAUGUGCAAACAUUGGAUUAUGGACUAACUUGUAACUUGCUAAUGGAUCCCUUCAGAAAAUCUUGGUUGAGGGCUGUUGUUUUUAACUGCCAUCUGUGCUUUUUUAUUGUUUUAGCUUUUUUUUUUUUUGCUCGAAACAUAUUAUACACUAGGUUUAUAAAAGUGUCCUGAAACAGCUGAACAGGCAGUUCUUUUCUAGUUUGCAAAUCGGAUGCAAGUCUAUCAGUUUAUCAGUUUAUCAAGAGUAUCAGAGGUAAGCAACCUUCACUCUCCCUGAGGCUUGUGUUUUAUUUUCCUUGGGAAAUCAAACACCAGAGCUUUUCCAGAUUUCAGUUUGGAGAGGGUAAAACAAGUAAGUACUAUUCUUGUCUCUCACAGAAUUUUCUACUAGAGGGCAUUCCAAAGAAUGAAAGAAUCAUUGAAGCACAAUAUGCCUUAGUGACUUGUGUUAAAGUGGUUGAUCCUUUUGUUUGGAGUCAGAUAAAGUGAGUUGCACUUUAUAGUCUAUUUUUUACUGGCCUCAUGGGCAGAAGGGUUGCGGCUGGAUUGCCUCUCCCAAUAAUUAGGGCUUCCCGGAUUUAUUUUUGAUCACAUUGCACCCUGUUCAAUUUUUGAGCCCAUUGCAAAGGAAGCUUAUUCGCUUCUAACUUUGUUUUCACUGAGUCACUGGUUGUUUCGCUCUGACACAACAGUGACAAAUGAUGUUGUUUUCUCAUCCCUGAACCUGUUUCUCUUGCAUUAUUCCACCCACCCCGCUUAGCCUGUCGCAUAAUUCUCAUUUAAUCAUUUAUUUUCUUGGAAUAAAAAGUUCACCGACAGCUGUUAUCUCAGUACAAAUUAACCAUGUUCAAUUUUUUCAAAUCACAAAUGCAACAUUUACACUUUAGCCUGUUUAUAUAAAAGCAUCCCUAACCCAGUCAAUGCAACACUGAAAUGAGGAUGAAUCCUAAUUAGGGUGUUUAAAUUGAAGUAUGCAGUUGAAAAAUGAAUGUUUAAACUCUACCUAUGCUCUUGUAAUUUUGUUAUAUUAUCAAUAAUCCCUAGGUGAACAAGAGAUAAAGGCAACAUGAUCACAGGGUUGGUUAUUCCAUUCUGUUGUAAAUGCUGAAAUGGAAAUUGUCUUGAGACCCUCAAAUUAAUUCCAUCAUGACUUCAAUGGGAAUCCUUGACAGAAGGAAUCAUGUACAGUAUGUGACUUGAGAACCUUGGAUUUGCAGCACAGCAUGUCAUAAACAUCUCAUCUCUGGAAGGUUAAAAGGGAUAUAAGUUUACUUCUGUCCACAAAAUAACCAACAGAAUAGAAUAAGACACAAGAGUAAAACACAAGAAGAAGAAAUUUGCCCUUGUAGCUUCUGGACCUCAGUUAUUGUUUGUCUACACACAGCACUAGUAUACCCUGUUUUAUGGCUUCAGACAUGUUUUCUCAUCAUCAGGAAGCACUGUACAUGCUGUUUGAAAGUCAUGCACUGUGAUAAAUAAAUGUCCAGUUAUAAUGUUCUGUUGUAGCUACGUCCUCACAUUAAUGGCAAGGGUGCUGACAUCCUCAGUUCUGUUGGUGGAAGUCUCGAAAUACCUUAACUCAGGAUUCUGAUGCCUAUAGAUAGUGUAAUUUCAAACUGAAUUUCAUUGCUUGUUUGCACUUUCUUUCACUUUUAGUUGAGUCAUCUGCAUUGAACUUGUUUGUCCCUUUAUAUCAAAACUAGGUACUGCUGUCUAUUCCAGUGUUGGAUACCUCUCAAUUUAACAUGAAGGGAACACUAACUGAUUUAUAUGAUAUAUAUAUAUGAUAUGAAAUUGCACGACUUUCAGUUUGGAGGACAGGAAAAGCCUAUUUUAUUUCAGCCUCAGUCCUAAGUCAGGUGCUUUAUAAGUAAAACUCCAGUGUGGGAGGAGAUUCAGGUUUUCAGAUCUGUUUUCUUUUAUACAUUGUUUUGAAAGGUUCUCACCACUGAAAGGGACAUAAAAUCUGAAUCCUGUUUUAUUUACUCUGCUAAUUUUGUAUUGAUGCAGGUGUAUACUGUACAUGCUGACUGAACAUAAAGAAGAGUCUUCUCUGCAGUCUGUUUUAACUCAAGUGUACAUCUGUAUCACCACAUUAGAGUAUAAUAAUUAAAAGUACAGAAAUAAAAAUACCAAACUGCAUUUCACAGGUGGGCAAGUGCAAUGUUGGUUAUUGCCAUAUAGUUUUGAAAAUCUGCAGUUAGGGUGCAAAGUUUGGGAGAAAUAGAACAUGCCAUGCUAACCUCUAGUUAAAUUAUAACCUUUGUGUAAAAUAACCUAUGUUGUAAAUGCUUAUUUAAGAAUAAUUUCUCCAUAAUAUAAUUGUAUAAAACGUGGACACCUCAUACAGUAUACAGUUGUAAAUCAUAAUAGUAAUGACUUACAUGCUGUGAAAGGAAGGCUUCCAGAUGCCCACAUGUAAAAUAUUAACACUGUCAAGUACAUUUAAAUGUUGAUUGCUUCUUAUUACCUGUUUUUAUGUGCUUUGCUAAUCUGUGUAGACUUAGCAUUUAUAAAUGUGUUCAUGUACUGCACAGUUUGUGACAAGCCCACGAUUACUUUUCUCCAAAAGCUAAAUUGCUACCAAAGUUUGUUUACUGUGUGUUUUAAAAGGAAAAGGGUCCUGUUGCACUUGAUAAGGGUAUUUUUAAUCAUGUAAAGCCUACAUGUUUGGUUUCAAAUUGCAGUUGUGCCUUGCCCUAGAUUCAUCCUAUUGUUCAAACAUGUAAGCUUCAGUCAUUUUGCUUUCUCUCGCUGCUUAAGCACCCUGUCAGAUAAGAUCUGCAUGUUACCGCCUUAUUUAGCUGAGGUUCAGUGGCUCCUAGAAAUAAAUUUGGGCAUCCUUGUCUUUUAAACUU